AUGCCUUUCACUACUCAACUCCGCACCAUCUCCAGACCUUUCAUCCAACAAUCACACCUUUUCAAGCAAACCUCCAUCAGAAUGUCUUCAACCAACCAGCACGGACAGGGUGCCUCGCACGCCACUGGACAGAGCGUUGUCCCAAACAAGGUCCAAGAGGCUGCCCCUAAGGGCCUCGAGGAGAGCCUGCCAGAGAGUGUUCAUCCCACCGGCAGCAACCCCAACAGCCAAUCUACAAGCAAGACCCACGCUCUUAACGAUGGCGAGGACUCGGUCGUGCCCAAGAAGAUCCAAGAGAUCGUUCCUGAGUCAGUUGAGCGAGCUCUCCCCAACUCUCUCCACAACACUGGAGACAAGUAA